AUGGAACCUCUCCUCUCAAGACUUUAUAGAACAAAGCAUCAACCUUCUCAAAACUUGCUGGCUCUGUAUAAAACUACAGAAGUGUUCUUAGCUGGUGGAGACUACCAUCUCGGUUCACACCAAGACAACCAUAACUUUUUCUGUAACUUGUUCGGUUACUUGGAACCCAACAGCUCCUUGGCUCUACAUCUUUUGGUCAGUAGACCCGAACUUAAAUCCACAUCGUGGUAUCGCCUAAUUCAUCUGCGAAGCUUCAGUGCAAGCACUGUUUUAUUCAAUAAUCAAGUUCGGUUAUUGGAAAUGAUCAUAGAACAUGACAGAGGUGAAGUUCAGUCACCUAUCUCCUGGAUUAAUCAAGAUGUACCGAACACAAUUUUCGUCAACAUCCCUGAAGGUGUCGAUGUAUACGCACCUUGGGGUCAGCGACCCGAAGGCAAAGUGGACCCGAGAUUGACCGCUGAUCAAAAUGGACUCCUCAGUCAUACAGCAAACCACCCGGUUUUAUUGACCGCGGCUCUGUGUAAAGAGCCUGGAUUCGUCAGAAAUAUAGAUUUUGAGCUAAACAGAGGUGAAAGGCUUUUAUAA